AUGUUUUAAGAUAAAUAUGGAAAAACUGUGAGUGAGUUCAAUCAGAAGUACAAUAUUGUAACAAAUCCUUCUCAAUUGAGAUUUGAUGAGGGAUUACUAAAUUACAAGUACAACUCACUUUUGGGAUAAUUUCAAGAUUCCCUUCUGUAGGAUGUAAUUGCAUGUUUAUAUACAUAUAGAUACGAGCAGCAAUAGUGACAGCAUAGAGAGGUUACUUGUCAAGGAAGGUGUUGAAACAUUACUUCAAGGAGUUGCCAUAAUAAUUAAGAGCAGAAUACUUUGGCUCAUUGCUAACAUUGUAUAAAGUAGUUGAAAUCCGAAAAUAUAGGAAUCACUUCGACAGCAAUAACAGAAUCUGUUCUAUUUCUCUGGUAUGGGCAGUGGGAUGAAGGUGGAGAAGGUUACUUGGCCAUUCGUUGAGGGUUUCGGGUUUUGCAUUUGGAUUCAAGUGGAGAAUAUAAAUUAUGAAUUGUUUAAUGAGUAGAAUAUGGGUGUUCAGAAAAUCAUCAGCGUUCAUGGUCAAGGGUAAUAAGGUGGGGGUGGAUUAGAAUGCUUCAUUUUGAGAGGCAGUGUCUAUUAUAGGAUAAUACCAGCAAUAUAUUAGGAACCAGACAAUGGGGCUAUUUUGAUAGGUCAAUUGAAGAAUGGGAUGAAUUUCAUCGGUAUAUCACAUGAAUGCCAAAAGAAAUUCACUUCUUCACAUUUAACAGUAAUGAUUGUUUUGAAUUUCAGUUGUACUUCAACAAUGAACAACCCAAGAGCAUGACAUUAGAUUUCCCCCGUUUGAACCAAACCAUAGCCUUGACAAGAUUUACUAUAUGUGAGAAUCUCUUAGGUACAGCCUAAUGCAUUAUCAUUAUGAAUCAAUCAUCCACAAAGUAAUUAAGUUAUAAAUAUUCCCUACUUAGAAUCAAGACCAUCCAGUCAGUGUAUGGACAAUUACCAAUGGAUUUUAAGUAAUUGAAAACAUUACCAGCUUGUUUGGAUAAGUACUUUGAGAGAAUCAUGUCUAUUUAUAUUCCUGAAUUUACAGAUGGAAAUCACGUGAUUGAUGUUAUGGGAAAUUGCAAUGCUACAUUAUUAAAUAAGUCUGGAGCUGUAAUGGCAGACAAGAAUAAAUUUCACUUUUCUGGAGGUUUCAGGUUGUUUUACGUGAUGUUACAUUUAAGUGGAACACUUUACAAACAAAUCAAUUCAGCAUAACUUAAUCUGUCUACUAUGUUCGAAGUUAUUACCCAUAUUCUUAAGAAUAAUAAUUAAUUACAAGCAGAAGCAUUCAAUAGUCAAUUCUUCUUGACUCUUGCUUCAAUUAUAAUGAGUUUUGAAAAACCUUUGAUUAAUACGAAAUGUGUUGAACUAUUGAGUGAAAUCAAAUCCAUGAUUGGAGACAAUAGGUUAUUGGAUCAUUUUUUUAUCCAUAUUUUAUGGAAUCCAAAAUUGCAUUAGAAAUGCAUUAGUGAAUAAGUAUUUUCUAAAUACUUAUAAUUGGCAUGUCAAGUUUAUUUACAAAAUCCAUAGCAUUAUCAGCAUUUUAUAUCAUCCAAAGAUAUUUUAGAUAUGCUAAUAUUUGCAUACACUGAAAAUCAAUGUUGUGAUUAACAUUUUAAUGACUUUGAAGAGUCCUUUCAAAUGUAAUUCUUAGAAAAGAUCUUUUACUUGUUCAAUCAGUAACCGGAUGUGUCUGAACAUCUAGUUCUUUUUGAUUAAUACUUAAUGUCCAAGAUAUCUCCAUGUAUCCUAUUGCAAAUUCUCACCAUUCUAAAAGUACUAUUUAUAUAUCAUUUUCAGAGUUUAUUAGUUGACAAUGAAGAUCAGGGAAUCAAAACCAAUUUCAUAUUACAAUCAUGGGAUUAGAAUAACAUCGUAGAUUCAUUACUUUUCAUAUUCAAAUCAACUCCGCACUACGAUAUCAGAGCAAUGAUCGUCUAUUUCUUACAUCUCAUCUUCCAACAGCAAUUUCCAAAUCACAAACUCUAAACACAUUAAGCAAUUGAAUACAUCACGAAUGCUAUAGAACCACUUAUUGAGUUAAAUCGUUGUUCCUAAGUCUAGCCUAUCAAGAAGGAAUAGCCAUAAUAAUAAUAAUAGUAAGGUGAUUUUGAUGAACUCAAAAAUCUAGGCACUCAAUUCCUGAACAAUGAUUAUGAAAGUGUUCCCUAAGCACCCUCUAUGACUAAUCGUCGUAAACCACCCUAAGGAUUCUUUGAUAACAACUAAAGACCUCCUCCACGUGCUCAAUCUAUACCUGCUCCAGAAACAGAAAAGUCAAACCCUCCUUCCUUCUCUGUUGAUUAGAAGGGGAAAAAGAAAUUCCACAUCAAAAUCGACACUGAUGCUAUAAAUGCACUCUAUAAUUUUGGAGGAGAAUAGGGGAAAAAAAAUGGAUUGUAUUGAUUCAAAUAUGUAAAUUAGUGAUCACGAAGCUUUUAAUAAGGAAUUGGCAGAAAUAAACAGAUUAGCUAAGGCAUGCCAUAUGUAUAUGCAAGGACAUCGAGAACCUGAAGAACCAUAUGUAGAAUCACCAAAACAAUAAGAAUCUCCUCUAUAAAAUUAGAAUACAGAAUCUCCUAAAUAGUAAUAAACUGUUGUUAGACAACCUCCCAUGUCUACAAAAAAUAGUUAAGCACCUAAACAAUAAUUUUAAUAAGAAUGUACUCCUAUGUAUUACAAUCUAGUAACCCAAAUUAAGGAGGUUUCUUCAUCUUCUAUGUCCAUUUAGUAAAUUGAAUAGGUUUAGAAAAAAAAGAUUGAAUCAUUUGCCUCUAUUUAUAACUAGCUCAUGGGUUGGAUGAUUGAUAAAAUAAAAAUUGGAGUCAAUGAAUCCUUAAUGAUAGAGGAGAGAGACUAAAUAAAGAAUGAAGGCAUCAUCAAUGCAAUUAUGAAAAUUGUUGCUUUUUCUUUGGAUGAAAAUUUGACAGCGUAGAUUUUAUAAGAUUUGCUUUGUCUUUGUAAAUCGCAUCAAGGCAAUUCUAUACUUAUCUUAGGAUAGGCAACAUUUCAAAGUGAACUUCUAAGAGUACUCUCAACACAAGAGGAUAAUACUCUGGUAAAAUAUGCUUAUUAUUAUUUAGAUCUAUGAAAUUGGUAGUCGAUUGCAUUCCACACUAAUAGUUUAAGUCUUGAAAUCAGAAUUUAUUGGUGCUAAUUACAUUUAUGAAUUACUAAAAUGGGGAAUUGAUCACAAUCAGAAGUUAGUUGAAAUGCAGAUGAAUGUCAUUAUUGAUUUACUUCAGUAUAUUGUAUUUUAACAAUAGCGAGUAAUGCAAGGCCUUUUAGACAGACUCUCAAUUAUGGAAGAACAUAAUUCAGAUGGCAUUGUAUAUAGUUGAACUUAAGUAACAUUACUCUUAAUUGAUCUCAAAGCUUAAUAAUUUUUAUGAUUUAAUUCAUAAGGAUUACUUGGUCAAUGGCAAUACAGAAGGUACUAUUAAUUUAAUAUACAAUUAAAGAAUAAAUUGCUUCAAUUUCUAAGUGUUUCAACCAUCCUGAUUCUGCAUAAAAAGCUUAAUCUUUCUUCAAUUCAAGAAUACAGAACCAUCAAGUAUAUGAAAUCAUAUUGGAAAGUAGUAAUCAAACUAAUAUUCAUUAAUUCCUCAUAACUUAUGCAAUAACCUAGGAGAUUUGUUAGUUUGAAAUGAGUUAUGGGUUGACACAUAUUAUAUCCAAAUUAAGGAAUCAUGAGCACUUCAAAGACAGUAUUAUGAUCUUGUGUUUCAUAAUCUUUGUCUCAAAGGAGAAGAAUCAGCCAUCUCAAUUGAGGAAGUACUUGAUGGAGUUAUAUUCAGAUUUUGAAACUCUAUUUGAAAGUCUUUAAGCUAACUCCUUUCAUGAUGAUUCCAUAUUGGAUUAAUUGAUCUCUUUCCUCAUUCAAUGCAAUGCUCUGAAAUAGGAAACCUAGAUUAAAGCCAAUAUACCUUAAUAAUGGUCAAUCGAAUCAAUUGUUUCGCCUCAGAAAGUUACAAGAGAUGUACAAUAGAUAGGGGAGAAUAAGUAUAUAGAAAUUGAAGAGAGGAAGGUUUAAUGGGUUUAUAAGGAAAGUGAGAGAGAACGAAUAGGUAGAAACAAAUAUCACAAAUCAUUAAAUUCUUUGUUCUUGAAUGAUGGUUGGCUCUCUUAAUGUUAGGGGUGCAUCUAAAGAAACGAUUUGAUCUAAGACAUAACUUAGGAGCAAUUUGUGUAAAGUAAGUACUUUAAAAUCAAAAUUUCAAAAAUGCUCACUAAAUCAUUUGCUAGACCUUAUAUCAAGAGUAUUCCUAUAAUACCAGACGUGUUACGAAACAAACCAGUAUAUUAGACUCCAUAAACAGCACCUCUCCUUUUGGGCCAUGAGAUGGAUAAAUUUGAAUAGCUUUAUGGAUAGAGAUAAUCUACCAAUUCUUAAGCUGUUUAGGCUGCCACUCAGUUAUUGAACAUGGGCAAGGCUUUUGGUAACAAUAUUAGGAAUGCAGUAAAGACUAUAGCAAAUCAAAAGGUUUAGGCUGUUGAGAAUAUCAGAUCUUUUGGAGAGAAUACAUUUAGAGGAAAGAAGGUCAUAGUUAUAAAUGGACUCUAUAUUUAUUAUGCAUUGAUGAGUUUAACGAAUACUCACAUUUUAUUGUAAUAUGAGCAUUUGAAGAGUGAAGGAUCACAUGCAGCUCUGGGAGUGUUUGAAUUGAAGGAGGAUUAGAGAUUACUCAAAAAGUAUCCGAUUUAUAAUUUGGUUUUGGUGAUAAAGAAGAAAUACUUACAAAAGAGAACUGCUUUGGAGAUAUUCUUCAUUGAUGGGUAAUUUAUGUUUGAUAUCAUUCAAUAGGAAAUCAUUAUUUAUUAACAUUUGCGAUUAAAACGAUCUGGAUGAAAUAUCUGCUAAAUUAUUGAAGCAUCGCAAAACUCAUUUGGCACCAUAUCUCAAUCAGAGUAAGACCACAGAUCCAGUGAAACUGUUGGAGAAGUAGGGAUACUUGUAGAAAUGGAAUAAGUAUACAUAUAAUCAUAACCAUAAGAUAAUAAAUGAGUAAUUUCAAGUACUUGUUGUUGUUGAAUAAUUUGGCAUCUAGAAGCUAUAAUGAUUUCACUCAAUAUCCCGUAUUUCCCUGGGUCAUUUGUGAGCCAAAAGACUAAUAACUAGUCUAGGAAGCAAGUGCUAAAAUAUAUCCAGAGGGGUAAUUCAGAGCAAUGCAAAAGACCAUGGGUGCAUUGGGAAACAAUUCAAGAAUCAAGAGUUACAUAGAGAGAUUUGAAUAGUCAGAGUAAGGUGGGGAGAUCCCAGCUUUCCAUUAUGGAUCUCAUUAUUCAUCAUUGGCUAUUACUUCUUAAUUCCUUAUCAGAUUGGAACCUUUCACUACAAUAGCUAGGGAGAUCUAAGGAAAUAAGUUUGAUAUUCCAGAUCGUCUGUUUUAUUCUUUUGUGGAGAGUUUCCGUUGUGCAACAGAGGAUAUUGCAGAUGUUAGAGAGUUGAUUCCUGAAAUGUUUUGUUUACCUGAGAUGUUCAUUAAUUUGUAGAAUCUGUAAUUCGGUAAAACUUAGAGUGGAAUCAUGGUUAACAAUGUAUAAUUGCCUAAAUGGUCUCAUAAUAAUCCAUGGAGAUUUGUGGCAGGCCAAAGGAAUGCCCUGGAAAGUGAAGAUAUAUAGAGAACUAUACCAGAAUGGAUAGAUUUGAUAUUUGGAUUCAAGUAGAGAGGCAAAGAAGCAGAGAAGAAUUUAAAUAUUUACUUUUAUGUGACAUAUGAUCAACAACUUACAUUGUAAAUGAUGGAAGAAAACAGACUUAGCAUUGAAGCCUAAGUUGUGAACUUUGGAAUUACUCCGUUAUAGUUAUUCCUAAAACCUCAUAUUGGCAGAUAGAUCAAUAAUGAACAUCAUUUUGUUUCGAAUUCCCAAGAGUUGAAGGUUUAUAGACCUUAAAAUAAAAAGAAAGUGCCUAAUACUAUGAAACCUAUAAUUGAUCUAUAAUAAGCAAGCAAUAGAGCAAUUGUCAAGAUCAAAUGGAUUUCAGAUGUGAGAUUGAUAUGUAUAAGAAAAGAAGGUAAAAUUGAUUAUCUGAAAUGGACAAGUCAAACUGAUGUUCAAGCCAAUUAACCACCAUUCCAAUGUGGAUUGGAAAGGGAAAAACAGUUCAAUUUUGAAAAACCCCAGACUGAACUUUUCAAUAUAUGGGAUGUAUCCGCUCAAUUGUCCUCCUAUCCUAUGUUGGUAUUCAAUCAAGGCAAACUAUUUAUUUGUGGAGGGUAUCACCUAGGUAAAUUGAUCAUCAUAGGUGAUAACAACCAAAUUAUCGAUAUCUAUCAACUACACACUGCCACCAUCACAACAUUAGCAUCUGACAAAAAAGAAUCCAUGAUCAUUUCUGGAGAUAAGAGUGGACAUGUCAUUUUAUGGAAUGUUGAUAAGCAAAAGGAUAUUUACAAAUUACAUGCCAAGUGCAUGUAUUUUGAUCACUAGAAUCAAGUAAUUAAGUACUCACUAUUUAGAUCAAUUGCAUUUAUGUGUCUACAAGUAUGAAACUAUUUGCUACUGGAUGCACAGGUGGUUACAUAUAUCUUUAUAACUUAUUCAAUGGGCAAUUGAUGAGAUCAUUCAUACAUCCGAAUAAGAAUCCAAUCAACUCGAUUGUCAUGAGCAAUAGACCACUGUUUUGCAUUGUUUUCUAUUCAGCAUUUGAUCAUCAGAUAUAUUGUUAUUCUAUCAAUGGAUUCUUAUUGGAAGUUCAAUCAGAACAAAGUUCAUCCUUGAUUGAUUGUCAAAUUAUGAGGAAUAAUCUCUUCUAAGACAUUAUGGUAAUACACUUAUAUUGAUGUAGGUAUAUGGCACUGAGAACGGCGAAUUGGUAAGAAGAUCUUUGCCUUAUUUGCAACAAUUGAAAAGAUUUCAAAUAUCAGCCAAAUCCCCUGUGUUGUCCAUAACUUGCUCAAAGGAUAAGAGGUUCUUUAUAUGUGGAUGCAAUGAUGGCGAGAUUUCAGUAAUGGCAGAACCUCAAUAAAAUAAAUGA